UCAAGUGAAACGGUUGACAAUUUACUGUUUGUAUUUAACGAUGUUUGCGUUUAACGUCAUGUGUCCUUCCAAUGAAACCGUUGCGCAGUCUGCGCUUGCCAGUUUUCCGGCUUUCAGGUUUAGCAGAUGGGCUUGUCUUCAGAUAAGACCGCUGUGACGGAAGUUAUGCUGCCCGGCUGCCUUGUUCCUGUUCGUUAUUAAUACAGUAAUCCGGAUUGCAGGUUGCCGUGUCCGCCCGUGGAUUUAGUAUGGUUUCGCCCAGCACAGUUCGAGUUCUGGUCGAUAUGGAUGGGGUCCUGGCCGAUUUCGAGACCUCGUUGUAUAAGAACUACAGAUCUCGCUACCCCGACGAGCCCUCCAUUGAACCGAAUGAUCGACGGGGCUUUCUGGCCGGGGACCAAUACGCAGGCAUCAGGCCGGACCUCAGGCCUAAAAUAGCAAGCAUCUAUGAGACACCAGGGUUCUUCCUGAAUUUGGAGCCCAUCCCUGGAGCCAUUGAGGCCAUGAAUGAGAUGAGCAACUUAAAAAACACAGAUGUAUUUAUCUGCACCAGUCCAUUAAUGAAGUAUGAACACUGUGUCCAGGAAAAGUAUGAAUGGGUGGAGAAGCACCUUGGGCCGGAAUUUGUGAGACGUCUAAUUCUGACUAGUGACAAAACUGUUGUGUGGGGCGAUCUUCUUAUAGAUGACAAAGACUGUAUAACAGGAGUCGAGCCCAAUCCUUCAUGGGAACACAUUCUCUUCACCUGCUGUCACAACACACAUUUGGAUCCGAGGCCCCCUCGCCGCAGACUGCAGUCCUGGGCUGAUGACUGGAGGUCCAUCGUAGACAGCAAAAGGAAAACCUGACAGUGGCGUUUUACAGAUGCAGGCCAGUGGGACAAGUUGCUCCAUUUGGAAAUAAUGGCCACAGAGACCCAAAUGAAACACCUAAAAGAAAAAGUACAUGUUGGGUUAAGGCA